AUGCAUACGGCUGAAUCGUCAAAACAGAGCACGUUCACCAACAAUCAUGACUUCGGUUUCUUCGAUAAAACACGCAUUGACAAAAAUUUAUUACUUAAUCAACCAUUCGUCGAUGCCUUAUCUUUAGUGGAAUCGACGAUAGGAAAUCCAAAUUUACCAGUGAAGCUUGGCCAAACAUGCGUGACAGUAUUAAGGAAUGAUCCAUUAUUCGACUUACGAAAAUGUCGUCGACAUAUCACUGAAAUAUAUAUGCAUUUGAUUAAAGUUUGCCAGAAUAUUAAUUUUGAGUUGGGCAAAUUUACCGAUGCAUGGUCAACUUUUGAUAUAAUUACCAUCGAUAAAGCUACAGUAAUUGACGCAACCAUGCAUGGUCUUACUGGCGAAGCCGGUAACUCGAUCGAACGUCACUUCUUCGGGUCUGUUGCUGAUGCAAUUGGUCAUUUUACGGAUAAUACUCAGUCAAUUUAUCUAAUCGAUCACAUCAUACUACGAGAACGACAAAAAAAAGACAUUCACCCAAGUUAUUACGGCACGGUCGGUUCCGAUCGGUUAGUCGCCGGAAUGAUCGACCUGGGCAUCAAAGAAAAUUAUUUCCGAAUGUUCUACGCACUGGACUUCCGCAUUAUCACAUGCAUACCCAUUCCAGAUACAGAAACACGUACAGUCACAUCACCAUUGAAGAAUCCGACAUCUGAUAACAAAACAUUUACGAAGAAAAGGCCUGUUACCGAUCUUUCACCGGAAGCAGCAAGAAUUUGUACUUUUCUGCGACUCGAUUCAGUGGAUUUAGUGAAAGCACUCGUCACGUCGGAUGAUGAAGAAGAUCAACCAAUACUAAGUGCAGCUGGAAAACUUCGUUAUCCGGCAAUUUUACACAAAACAUAG